UUCAACAAGCCUGAGAAAGUGAUUAUUAGGUUUAGGCAUGUCACUUGAAGAAGACGAUCUUAGACUGAAACUGGAUCAAUUUAUUAUUAUUGUCAACCUAUUUAAUGCAUUAAAUAACACAAAACCCUGAAUCAAAGUUUAAUGGCCUUGAUAUGUAUAUAGACAGUGACAUAUGUAAUAUCCUUUGAUUUUGUUUUCUUUGCUUCCCAUGUAGGAUGGACACAUUCAGGCACCAUUAUUGUGUUUAUCUGAAUCUUCAGCAAUAUGGUUGUGAGCUAGCAUAACAUACUUUCUUAUUUUCCUCACAGUCAUAAUUUAUUUGGUGCUUUAGAACAUUUGGCCAUAAUUUGGUACCUCAAGACAACACUUGCUUCCACAGGAAGUAUGCAGUAAUGAGAAUAUAUCUGGAUGGAUUUGGCUGAAGCUAGUACAUACAUACACUCUGAAUUCAUGGAUCGUGACGAUUAAUGAUGAUAAAAAAAAAAAAAACAAGCCUUGUCAGCUGAUGAAAAAAGGCCUUAUUAUCCAUUUCUGACUGGAGACUUUCCGCGGCCCAGAGGAUGGAGUCCAAUGGAAGACGGAUCAGAAUAAGUGGAAGUCCGAAUCAGACAACAGACGGUAAUCGCUCAAGGUUGGUCCUUCCAACCACCCCAAGCAGGACCAUCUCAACCGUCGUCCCACAAAAUUCCCCUUGUUCAUCAGUUUCUUCCUCCUCCUCUUCCCCCACAACCCCCGCCUCCUCUUUCUCCUCCUCCACUCCCACGCAAAGCCCUUCAAAUUCUCCUCCUUUCAGUUCUUCGGUUGUCUCUUCAUCUACAAAUCAGUCUCCUGGAAGCUAUAGUUGGACGUCAAUACUGGUGACCAACCCUUCCUGGUCCGGUGGCUUCCGACUUAUCUUAAGGAGAGUUCCAGCAUCGACUUACUUGAACAAUGACACCUCAGCAUCGCCUGCAUGUUCCUCUAACACCUGAAAGCCUACGUCGAAUUGCCUAUGUUGCAAUGAAAAGCAGCGCUUCUGUAGCAUGAAUUUUAUGACAUCCUUAAAAAAAUGGAAACGUGAGAAGUUAAUACAUGUUAUGAGAGCAAAUGAAGCCCCAAGCGAAUGCAAUAUCUUUGCCUGGACGUAGAUCGCUCACGCUAAGGAGGACAUGCUUUUCUUUACGAAGACAUGGAUCUGAGCCCCAAACAGUUCCACUCAUGCAGAAUCCAGCGGUGGCUGUCAUUGGACUGAAUGUUAUGGAUAUUUUCUUUGCCAACACAAAUAUGCAUCCUGCAACAGACAAUGUAUUAACUUGUGUUUGGUUCUCAUAAGUUCAUGCUGUUCAUGAUCUAUAAGUACAGGACAUCAGGUUUUUAGAAGUGAAAUUUUCACUUUUUAGUGUAGAAGGUUUCCACACCAAAAAGGGUGUCGAGCUGUAUUAUACAGAACAGAAUUUAAAAUGUGGUU